AUGACAAGUGGUACAAACUCUUCAGGAUCUUGCUUGUCCUCAAAAAAGAAUCCAAGAAUGGAUGACAACUACUUGAAAGAAUUGAAUGAAGACUUAAAGUUAAGGAAGCAGGAACUUCUAGAGAUGCUAAAACCUCUAGAAGAUAAGAACACUCUGUUACUUCAGAAGCUAAUGGCUAACUUGGAGGAAAAACAAAGGAGUCUGCAGAUCAUGAGGCAAAUCAUGGCAGGAAAAGGAUGUGAUGAAUCUUCAGUCAUGGAGCUUAUUAAGGAAGCAGAGGAGAUGAAACAGAACCUGGAAAAGAAAAACAAGAUGCUCCGGAAGGAAAUGGAGAUGCUAUGGAACAAGACAAUUGAGUCAGAAGAGCUCCAGGAUCAACAGAAAGCAGUACCAACAAAGCCCAAAGCAGACUUGAAAGAUGGAAAGGCUCUGGAAUCCCCCGUAUCAUUUAGGAAGGCCAAGAGUGAGCCAGAGCCAGCAGAUGCAGAGAACGUGGAGGAGAUAAGGAAGGAAAAGCAACAGAGGAAAAUAGAAUGGGUCAAAUAUGAGGAACAUCCCAACAUCCUUCAGAAUGGCUUUCAUGGCAAAGUGAUUGAGCUGAGAAUUGAAGCCUUGAGGAACUACCAGAAGGCCAAUGACCUAAAAUUAUCACUGUACCUACAGCAUAAUUUUGAGCCAAUACAAGAAGCUUUGAAUCUUCUGAGGCCUCAAGGUAAAAUGGAUACAACUAUGGAGAAAGCAACAACCAACAUAAAUGAGCCCAAUAUGACAAUCCUGAGAUCAAAGAACUACACAGAACAGCAAGAAGGAACUAGAGAAAGGCAGCAUGUUGAUGUUGGAGAGAGGCUCUUUUUUCUGAGGUCAAUGCCAGAUGAAGUUCUGAAGGAUUAG